AUGGCGUCAUUAAUACUUCUAGCAGACGAAAACGUACCUGUUAUUGGGAGAAAACUACAGAGACCACGCGUGUUUCGGGACAGGACAAAUCCCCUUGAUUUUUUGAGCGAUGAGGAAGUAGUGGAGAGGUAUCGCCUCCCUCGUCAUGUCCUCUAUCGUUUGGUAGAGAUGGUGAGAGCGAAUGAGGCUUUAGUCACCAAGCACCAUUUUUAUCAAAUAGCGGGGUUUCCUAAUGUUAUUGGGGCCAUCGAUGGCACUCUAAUACCCAUUAUGGCUCCAAAAGAAAACGAGCCUGAAUAUGUGUGUCGAAAAGGCUUUCAUGCCAUGAACGUGCAAGUGGUGGCGGAUGCCUCUCUAAGGUUCACAAACAUUGUUUGUAAAUGGCCGGGAUCAGUCCAUGAUUCCUUCAUAUUUGCAAAUUCCGAACUGAAAGACCACAUGGAAACACGAAAUGAUGGCUGGCUUCUUGGGGACUCAGCCUACGCCCUUAAGAAAUAUAUGAUGACACCCAAGUCCAAUCCAUCUAGUGUGGGAGAAGAGAAUUAUAAUGCUGCACACAGUCGCACACGAGUAGUAGUUGAGAGGGCUCUGGGCGUCUGCAAAUCCCGGUUUAGAUGCGUACACAAAUCUGGUGGAAUGCUACUCUUCUCCCCACAGAAGAGUGUUCAGAUCAUAACUGCAGUUGCUAAGUUGCACAACAUGUGCCUUGACAUGAAGGUACCUUUGAUGGAAUAUGAAGAAGCCGUCAAUAUGCAUGACCCUGGGGUUCAUCAACAAGCCCAAGAUGCAAAUGCAGACCAAACUGGACAGGCAAUUCGACAGAGAUUAAUUCAGAGAUUUGCUAUGAAUUGAUCUGGAUAAUCUUUUACAUGCUUACAGAAGCUAUU